AUGACCAACUUCAGAUCUGCUCUCGCUCUUUUGUUGGCGCUGGCCCCUGCUGCCAAUGCCUUUGCUCCCCCCAAGCCCUCUCUCAAAACUCCCACGGCGGCUUUCGCCACUUCCGAGAACACGAAUGUGGCUCAGACCGAAAACACAUCCCGUGAGAAAGUGAUGACUUUCUCCUAUGACAUGUCUUUGGAACCAAAAUAUGACAAACCUACAUACCCAGGAACAGGAAAUGGAUUGUCCGGUGACUCGGGAGAGUACGAUGUCAUUGUGAUCGGCUCUGGAAUGGGUGGAUUGGCCUGUGGAUCUCUGAGUGCCAAGUAUGGGGAUAAAGUUUUGGUCCUUGAGUCCCAUAUCAAGUGUGGUGGCUCAGCCCACACCUUUUCUCGUAUGCACAAUGGUGGAAAGUACUCCUUCGAAGUUGGACCAUCCAUCUUUGAAGGACUUGACAGGCCCAGUUUGAAUCCCCUUCGAAUGAUCUAUGACAUCUUGGAAGAGGAGAUGCCUGUUAAGACUUACACUGGAUUGGGUUAUUGGACACCCACAGGCUAUUGGCGAUUCCCCAUUGGUAGCCAGCAAAAAUUUAAUGAUUUGUUGAUGGAACAAGCUGAAGACGGACCAAAGGCAAUCGAGGAAUGGAACGCCUUGAGAAAGCGACUCAAGACCUUGGGAGGAUCCACAACUGCUGUCUCACUCCUUAACCUUCGUCAGGAUGUUGGAUUUUUGGCAACCACCGCGGGAUCUCUUCCGUUCGUUGCUACCCAUCCUGAUGUUUUCCUUGAUCUCUCUCUGACAUUUGAUUCCCUCCACAAGACAGUUGACGAGAUCGUUACUGUUCCAUUCUUGCGCAACUUUAUUGAUACCAUGUGUAUCUUCUGCGGUUUCCCAGCCAAGGGAGCCAUGACUGCCCACAUGCUUUACAUUUUGGAACGAUUCUUCGAGGAAUCGGCUUGCUACUCUGUACCCAUUGGUGGAACUAAAGAAAUGGGAAACACUUUCGUCCGGGCUCUGGAGAAGUUUGGAGGCAAGAUUCAGCUGAAUGCUCACGUUGACGAAAUCAUUGUAGAGGACGGAAGAGCCACUGGAGUACGGCUGAAGAAUGGAAAUAUAGUCAAGGCGAAGAAGGCUGUCGUCUCCAAUGCAACCCCCUUCGACACUGUAAAGAUGCUUGGAACUGAGCAAGAGCUUCCCAACGGUGUUGCCGACUGGAGAAGAGAACUUGGAAAGCUCCCCAGACACGGCGCAAUCAUGCACUUGUUCAUUGCCAUUGAUGCCAAAGAUCUUGACCUCAGUCACAUUGAGGAUCCAGCUCACCUUGUAGUUCAGGACUGGGGACGCUCCCUUCAAGACUCGCAGAACUUGUGCAGUUUCUUCAUUCCCAGUCUUCUGGACAGGACUGUCUGUCCCGAGGGCAAGCAUGUCAUCCACGUCUAUUCUAGUGGUGGAGAACCUUACGAGCCCUGGGAAAAGCUCGAGCCUAACAGCAAGGAAUACGAGGCCUACAAAGAAGAAAGGGCUAAGGUCCUGUGGCAAGCUGUCGAACGAUGCAUCCCUGACAUUCGGGAAAGAGUCGAGUUUUCCAUCAUUGGUUCGCCCUUGGCUCACGAGGCAUUCCUUCGUCGAGACCGUGGAACAUACGGGAUGGCCUGGGCUGCUGGUACUUCCGCACCCUACGCUGGCCUGCUAGAGAAUUUGCUGCCUUUUCCCUUUCCCAACUUCAAGACUCCUGUGGAAGGAUUGCUUCGAUGCGGUGAUUCUUGCUUCCCAGGUAUUGGAACUCCGAGUGCUGCCGCGUCUGGAGCCAUUGCUGCCAACACCAUGAACCCUGUCGGAAAGCACUUGGACAUGUUGAAAGAAGCUAGCCAAAGGGACCCGCUGUACAAGUUCCUUGACCCUGGUCCGUUCCAGUACUUGUACCGUCCUUUCGUUGAAGGAAUGACACCCAGCGCCGAACUGAGAGUGGAAAAAACCGAGACAGCAGAAACAUCCUAA